CAGAGGGCGGGGCUUCCAGAAAUCAUUUAUAACCUGCCACUUGCAGAGAUCACACACACAACCAGACACAGUUUGGAAGAGCUUCCCAGCAGAAGGCACAACAAUGGAAACGCUACCGAUUCCAUAUAAAACAAAUCUAUCCUUGCCUGCUAAUUCUUCAGUGAAAAUCAAAGGGAAACCUGUCAUGCCUUUCUGUAUGUUCCCAGAAAUGGAGGUGGAUUUCCUCACUAAAACUGAAGUGGACUCAGACAUCACCUUCAAAAUCCAAGUGUGCUUUGGCAAAGAGGUGGUGAUGAACAGCCGUAAGAAUGGGACCUGGGGUCAAGAAGUGAAAUCCACUGAUAUGCCCUUUAAGGACGGCCAACCCUUUAACAUGGACAUCUUGGUGCUGUCAGACCAGUACCGGCACCCUCUGCUUGUACUGCCAUGCUCAGGUCCUUUUCCAAAUCUGAGCAGGUCAAGAUCAGCACCCGUACCUUAUUCUCCAGGGUGGAGAAGUUCCCGUCUUCACGCACAGCCUCAUUUCUACCUAUGCUGUCAUUCCUUCAGUUUUCAUGAAUAUUCAAGUUUUGGCUCAGUAGUAAGAGCAUUGACCUGCACACUGGAGGGUCUCAGGUUGGAUUCUCCAUCAAGGGUAACAGUAAAUGGUGUUCAAUGCUACACUUUUCCCCAUCGAAUUGACCCAGGAUCUGUGAAGAUGAUGCAGGUGUGGAGAGAUGUGUCCCUGACCUCAGUGACUACUCCUUAGAGAAAGAUGUGACCAAACUCCCCGUUGUCAAGGAGAUCCCUCCACCUAAGUGACUCUGUGGUUCCCAGAGCUCACUAACAACAUGGGUUCUCACCCUUCCCCCACACUUGGUCAUUAAAACUCCUGAAAAUAUAA